AUGGAGUUGUAUAGCGAUGAUAACUGUCCUUUGUUUCUUAGUGAGUAUAUUCGAUCAAAUCCUUCUUCUGCAAUAAGCGCACGUUGGGUAUUUAAACUUACCGAUGAAGAACAAGGGGAUUGUAUAGCGAAAAUGGUUGAAAGUGCGGUUUAUCAAGAAACCUGGCUUUCAUAUUUUGAAUAUGCAGAGAAAAAGGAAAUUUCCGUGACGGAUGAGAUAUCCUUAGAGGCUAUUCGUGCAGUUGGCCUUGAUCCGUACAGUGCCUCUUUAUGGUUAAAAGUUAUUGAGCUAUGUUCAAAUGAAGAAAAAAAGCGGGAAUUAUUUCAACUAGCGUUAAGGGUGCCCUUGUAUCAGCAAGGUCUGGUCUAUAAGGCUUACAAAAAUUUUGAGUCAGAAGUGGCCAAGCAAAGUGGACACAGCAUUUCGAGCUUUCCGUCACUUUCCGAAGUUAUGCAAUAUUCCAAGAUCUUGGAGACAGAACCUGUUUGGCCCGAUAGGUUUGUUGACGUCCAGACGGCCAAUCGUGCGCGUAAGGAUGCAGUCAUUGCUCAAUGGAAUAGCUUAUUAAAUUUUAUGUUUGAAAAAUAUGAAGAAUGCCUCAUAUCAAAAGAUCUUUAUUUGAGGCGGAUUGAACUUGCAUUCCGCCAGUUAUGUAGUCAGUUUUCCCAUGAGGAUAUCUGCUGGUAUGCUUAUGCAUGUUUUGUGGCCGUAGACUUGAAGGAUGAAAUACAAGCUCGGGAAAUUGUCGAAAAAGGCCGUUGUUUGAUUGGUGAUAACUCCAUCGCCCUGCGAUCCUUGGAUGCGUUACUGUCCAAUUCAGACCUUGAAUCAGUGAAUAGGUUUAAUGAUAUUUUGAAUAAAGGAAUAUUUUUACAAAGAUUAUAUGCAAAUGCGGCAAAUGCAUCCUUACAAAAUAGAAAACGUUUUCGAGAUGUUGGAAAAAUUGCAGCUGCAAAUUCUCUUAGUGAUUGGAGGAUUUAUCAUCAAUGGGCUUUCGCAGAACAGUGUGUUUUGAGUGAUAUUCAGAUGGCCGCGAGGGUUUAUGAAAGAGGUAUUUCUUGUGCCGCAAAUUCUUUGAAAGAUGCCGUAUUGCUGUCAAAUGAGGCGGUUAAGUAUCAUCUUUGGCAACAAAAUGAGCGCGAAGUUCUUGGAUAUGCAGAGCGUCAAAUUGAGUUGCUCUCAUCUACGCAGCAUGAGGGAUUUAUACGAGCUAGUUGGAACCAACUUGUUCAUGCUGAGUCUAUUUUGGGUUUGCCUUCGCUAACAAAAACACUAAGAAGACGUGCCGAACGAUGCGUGGAUUUUGCACGUAAAUCAAUUAUUGAGCGCUAUCGCGUGGGUAAUUAUAUUCCGUGUUCCGAUGAGGAACUUGAUUGGCUUGAAUACGUAGAUGAUCUCUUCAAAGCUCGUAAAGAGGAACAGGAACCUGUUUUUGAAGGGGUGACACCAUUGAAGCACCUGACUCUUUCUACAGAUUUGACUUCUUACCCCGAUCCUGUUUUACCGGAUGUAUCUUUAUGGAGUACAUUUGAGAUGUGCCCCAACCGUGAACAUUCUUCCGGAGCAGAAGAUUCCGACGAAGUUGUUGGGUCUCGAACGCUGCGUGGGCGACUUGUAUACAAGUUAAAAAUUGAUGAAAAGACAGUGGCCCGAUUGAAGCGCGAGGCGCAAUUGCGCCAAGAGGAGAAUAAAGGUGUCGAUAGCAAGGCACUCAAUGGUCCACAUACCGCUCUCCAGGCGUUGGUUGAAAAACUGGAAUCCAAAAGGUGGAAUGCAAGCCAACUGAAAAUGUGUAGGAUUCUGAAUGCCGAAUGGCUUAUGAACACACUCACCCACGGGGAAUUAGAUCUGCGUAAACGGCGCCAAUAA